AUGGCACUCCCGAUGAAGUCGACUGCUGCCUUGGCCAACAAUGCCGUGCGCGCGCUGUCCGUCCGCCACUCCAGCUCCCAGCCAAAGGUUGCCUUGCUGGGCGCCGCCGGAGGUAUUGGACAGCCGCUGGGCCUCCUGCUGAAGCAGGACCCGCUCGUCUCCCACCUUUCGCUGUACGACGUUGUCAACACCCCCGGAGUCGCCGCCGAUCUUUCCCACAUCGACUCGAACGCCAAGGUUACCGCCCACACCGGCGCAGCUGAACUGGCUGCUGCCGUCGAGGGAGCCGAUGUCAUCGUCAUUCCCGCUGGAGUGCCUAGGAAGCCCGGCAUGACCCGUGACGAUCUGUUCAACACCAAUGCCGGAAUCGUCCGCGAUCUCUGCCAGACGAUCGCCAAGGUUGCCCCCAAGGCCUUCAUUGCCAUCAUCACCAACCCGGUCAACUCCACCGUCCCGAUCGCCGCCGAGGUGUUCAAGAAGGCUGGAGUUUACGAUAAGAGGAGGAUCUUUGGUGUCACCACCCUUGACGUCGUCCGUUCGCAAGCCUUCGUCUCCGAACUGAAGGGAACCGACGCCUCGAAGACUGUCGUGCCGGUGGUUGGCGGCCACGCCGGAAUCACCAUCAUUCCGUUGCUCAGCCAGGUCACCCCCAAGGUCUCGUUCAGCCAAUCCGAGAUCGAGAAGCUGACCCCAAGGAUCCAGGACGCCGGAACAGAGGUUGUCAACGCCAAGGCUGGAGCUGGAUCUGCCACCCUCUCGAUGGCCCUGGCCGGGGCACGAUUCGCGAACUCCCUCGUCCGAGCCCUGAAGGGAGAGAAGGUCGUCCAAUGCGCUUACGUCGAGUCCGAUGCCGUCAAGGGCGUCAACUUCUUCUCCACCCCUCUCGAACUGGGACCCAACGGCGUCGAAAAGAUCUUGGGAGUCGGCAAGGUCACGCCUUUCGAGCAGAAGCUCGUUGAUGCCUCCGUGCCCGAGCUCGUCAAGAACAUCGAGAAGGGAGUCAAAUUUGUCGCCAAG